AUGGAGACAUACUCCGAGAAGAUAAGAAAUAUGAUAGAAGAAAUGAAAUUGCAGAGUUUUGACAUCGAACACAGCCGGGUAUUUGGUGGAGGAUUUCUUCCAAAUGGUCAGUUGUUGUUGUGUGAUAAUUCACUGAAAAAAUGUAUCGUAUAUGGCGAUGAUGGAUCGAUCGUACAGGAAAUACCUCUACCUGGUGCACCAUGGGAUGCAUUUUUUGAAUCCGAUGGACGAAUCCUCAUUACAAUUCCAGAGAAAAAUACAAUUGUUGUUUUACAACAAAACACGCUAGCUAUAGAGAAAACAUUGCCUUUAUCCUGUGACUGCAAAGGGAUUUCAAAAUGGCAAGACAAAUACUUGAUUGGCACUUGGGGAAAGAUUGUAGAAUUUAGCACAGAUUUCCGUCACCUGACAUCUCGUGAAUUAGAUAUCACAGAUGAUAUAGCUGUUGACAAUGAUGGAUGCAUUGUGUAUGGAAACUAUAAAAAUAGUACAAUCAUUAAAGAGGAUCUUAACCACAAAGUGAUAUUCACUUACAAGCAAGAAAAACUGGAGAAGACAUGUGGUCUAGCUUUUGAUAACAAUGGCUUUAUAUUUGUGAAUGGCCGGCAAAGUAACAACAUCCACAUACUAUCUGCGGACGGAAACCUAUUGAAAAUCAUCGACAUUAAUGAACCACGAUGUAUAAAAUUUGACAAAAACAGUCAGAGAAUGUUUGUUGUAAACAGCAAAGGCAUUGUAAAAAUGUUUCAAAUCAUGUGGUAGAUUGAUAUACACAGAUAGGAUAAUUAGAUAUCGUUCAACUUCAUAUAAUGAUUUUUUUUUAAAUUUUUGUAAUUUA